UCUUUAUCUGAUAAGAUCUGCAACUAAGAAAACCCAAUGAAGGAGGCAGGUACUGGGCAUGCCCCGACCGAUGGGGAGGGAGAGAGGAGGAGGAGGAAGGGAAGGGUGAGUGAGGCAUUGAAAGAGAGAGAGAGUCGGGGAAGAAGUCGACGAUUAUAUUUCUUUCCCACAUGCAGCUUUACGUCAGAGUCCACCCAUACAGCCACAUCACCUACAGCACUCUGACACGCGUGGCGCUGUCGAAGCGGUUGUUCAUGCACCGCAGUGAGCUGCCUGCAGCAGACUGCGAUGCAACAGCAUCUCAUCAUCAGUGGACCCGCUGGGAUUAACGCUGCUUCUACUGCUGCUGCAGACACUGAUGCUGCUGAUGCUCCGCAGAUACUAUCACCUGGAACAAGUCUUUUGAUUGGAUGUUUCAUUGAAUGACCUAAAAAGUAUGAAGAAUAGGGAGCUGCAAAACGUGUCCCGUGGGCAGGUUUGUCCUCUGGCUGCUGAACUUGGGUUUCUCUGUUUUUUAAAGCUCUUUGGAUGGAAGUCAAUACACUGAUGUGCACUACCAGCAAAAAAAACAAAAAGCAACCAAAGGAAUAAAAAGUAGAAGAGGUCACUUCCCUCUGUUGACUCAGCCUCUGCUCCAUUUCUACUUCUCUGCCCUCAUUACAUGUCCAGACGAGGUCAUGUCCCAGUCUGGAAAAGUCCUUCAUCUGUAUGUUGAAGUGAGGUCUGCCUCAGAUCAGACUGGUGGAAAGGAAGUGUUUGAGGAUAAUGGAAAAGAUAUUGAGUCAGUUAAGGAAAGUCCAGCAAAGAUUCUGUCUCAGUUAGCAACCCAGACGUCCUGCCAAGCGGUCACCAAGUCCCCUCCCGGUCAUCAUCUGGUUCAAGACUGCACACACAGCCAAACUAAAAACCAUCAAGCCAGGAGCUCAUCAAGAGUCGGCAAAAAGACUUCACCCUGUGAUGGAUUGUCUGCCCUCCACUCUAACCCAACAACUCAUGCCUCUGGAAACGUUAGUAUUCCUCACACACCUCCCAUUUGUCAGAAAUCGAAGGAGACGGAUGUCAACAAUAGACAGCGCUCUGUGGUCACUUUCAGUUAUGUUGAGAAGUCGAACGUGAAGACAGUCGAAAGCCCACUCCGCUCUGUUUAUGUCAGAGGGUCUAGAGAAGAAAGAUCUACCCCUUCCCACUUACGGAAACGGCUCAGUGACCCAGUAUGGUUUGGUAGUCCAGAUUCUUCGUGCAGCUCAAGUCCCAAACUGACGUUCCAGUCACCAGAAAGGCACCAGCAGACAUUUUCUCCCAGUUUUUGCCAACCUCACUUGGACCCUAUCGGCAGGGCAGCUACACAAAGGGCUGUGGAGGAGUUUGGCUCUCCUUUACUGAGAAUUAAACUUGCUCAUGCGCUGGCGCAGGCCUCAUGCUCACACUACAACCAACAGCCUCGCUGUCACUCCUGGGCUGGAUCUCCAGUUCAACGUCAAAACAUCAGCGUGACACCUACCGAUAACUUAACAAGCAAGAGCCAGGUUACCUGUGGCUUUCCUCGAAGCCCAGCAUCAGACACACUAUCGUCUCAGUCAAGACAGUCUUCGCUUUUAAAGCAAGGUUCUUGUUUGAAAACUGAUAGUGUUCAACAGUCACCAGAGCAACGUAUGGUGUCAAGAAGCCCACCCACCAAAAGGUACAUUCACAGAGCCUGUAACAAGAACCCUUCACCACAGGGAGUUGUUCUUCAACAUAGUAAUAAUGUAGUCAAGGGUCUGAACCAGUUAAGCAACAGUAAAUCCACAUCUCCUGCUCAAAGCCCUGAAGUUGCCCGUAGACUAGCAGAGGAAGCUACUAAAGCUUCUUCUGUGCUCACACAGUCGAGAAGGUCCUUGUUGCACAAUCCUCUAGAUGAACCUGCAAGCAGCUCAGUCUGUGGAGAUUUGCACACUUCGCCUUCAAAUGCACAACAGUCUAAGCAAGUGCUUAAGAUGAACAUCCCUUUAAAUGACCAACACAUGCCAGCAACUGACAAAACCGUCCCUCACCAGCCUGGAAGCUCUAUUUUCAAGUCAGACCCACAUAAAACAAACCACCAUGCUAAUCACAGCACUCAACGGGAGCUCUGCAUGAGGAAUGGUCAGCAGAAGAACUCGUUUUUUCCUGAAGCUCAGAAUUCACCUGCUCUACCUUCACGUGUUUUUCGCCCCACUCAUCCACCUACUGACAUAGGUUCUCCUUUAAGGGACCCAAGGCUUCAUCAAGCUGAGCUACGAGCACCAGAUACCCCCACUCUCCAUCGUCAUCAGCAACCACAGUAUACCGGGGACUCUUGGUCCACGUGUCCGGACAGGAGAGAAGAUUUAAGCUGUUUUGAGAAAGGGGACUGCACUGAGUUUGCUCGGAGGCUCUUAUUAAAUCAGUGUGUUGAGGAGGCGCCACUCAGCUGGACAUCAAGGCAACAGUGGGAAAAUCAUGUAAGCCACAACACACAUUCAAACCCGGAGUCUGUAUGUACUUCCAAGGAUGACAGGCCUCCUGAUCAUCAUACCACCCAACGUCGGCGUCCGUUGAGCCCCUCUGCUCAGCAGAAACGGGCUGAGCAGCGAAGAAGAGAGCUCUUGCUCCUGGGGCCAGUGGCUUUGGACUCUCCAGAGGAGGAUGAAGGAUGUGAGGAAGAAGGCGAUGGAAACAAUGAAGAGGGCUACGAAUUGAGGCAGCAGCCGCAUGGGCAAAGGAUUGAGCAGCCUCCAGAGGCAGAGCAGAACGAAGCAAUUGGUGGUUCGUCCUCACGGAGCUCCAGUGGGGUGACGGGCAGUCUGGGUGACAGGGAAUGUUUGUCCCCAGAGUCAAGCCAGUCCAGUCGGCAGAGCAACGAGACUGGGGCUGCCACCUCAGGAAUACAGACGGACAGUGGCUGUGCAGAGGCGAUGCCAUCUUUGCACUGUCAGAGAAUCGCAAGAGCCAAGUGGGAGUUUUUGUUCGGGGCACCUGCUGAGGAGGCUUGCAGCAGGGGAAAGAAAACAUGUCUGGAGAGCUCUACAGCUCCUCCCAGUGGUAACUCCAGUGAGUCUCCCACACCAACUCCUCCUUCCUCCCUUCCUUUACUUUCUGCCAAUCACGAGGUCCAGCAUGUGGAGGUUGAGCUGGUGACACCUCCUCCCGCCAUUAUAGGGACCUCACCAAAAACUGGAAUUAUUCGGCGGACACUCAAAUAUUCUGAAACAGACCUGGAUGCUGUUCCACUUCGCUGCUACCGUGAAACAGACAUAGACGAGGUUCUACUUGCUGAACAGGAUGAUGCAGACUCAGCAUUUGGGAGUAACCGCAGUGUUCAAGGCACAUCAGGGGCAGGCAGCAGCCCUCUGGGCGGUCUGGCAAAUGGGAGGACAGACAGGGAAGAUGCAGAAGAGAGCAGAGAGAGAGGUCAGGGUGCUGAAGAGGAAGUUGAUGAGGAGGAGGUUGAGGAGGAAGAAGAAGAAGAAGAAAUAGUGAGCUGGGCCAGUGUGAGGAUGCAAGGAGACACCAGAAAACAGCAAUAUGCAGCUCAGGAGGAGACAGGAGGAGGUUUUGGACACCUCCUGAAGAGACCAGUGGAAACUUUUUUUGACAACCACAACCCAGCCUUGAAAUCCCCUCUCCUGGUCUCUGGUCCUCGCCUUGCUGCAGAGGACACUUUCAGCAGCCACUUUGAAAGCAUCAUGGAGUCUCACCGUGCCAAAGGGACGUCCUACAACAGCUUGGAAAGUGAAGAGCUGCUGACUUCGAGCACCCAAACCGUCCUUACCUUUGACCUGCCCACACUAACCCCCGCUAUCCACGGGAUGGGCGGCCAUAGUGCCAGGCACAUCGUUCAGCUCAGCUUUGCUCCGCUGGCACACGAUGAGAGGCCCAGUCUCUCUGAUUCUAUAUUUACUGUGACUGGGGACUCGGAUGCCACCAGAGCCCCUUCGAGUGAGCGGCUGAGCAGCGGGUCAGAGGGAACGCCUCACAGACGGAAGGAAUGUUCACAGCUAGGAAGCAGCUGGUUCAGCAACUCCUCUUUCACUCUACCAAGCAGGGAAAAGGCCCGUUUGGCGACUGAUUCAGAGCUGGACCAGGACCUGAGUGACAGAUUAGGGCUGGACAGCAGCGACACACUUACCAAUGGAAGCCACCGAGCCGAUGUGGCUGCAGCCAGACGCCUGGCCAAACGACUCUUCAACCUGGACGGAUUCAGGAAGUCUGACGUGGCACGGCACCUUAGCAAGAAUAAUGACUUCAGCCGUAUGGUGGCAGAGGAGUAUCUCAGUUUCUUCAACUUCACAGGACUCACUCUUGACCAGGCAUUGAGGACCUUUCUAAAGCAGUUUGCCCUCAUGGGGGAGACCCAGGAGAGGGAGAGGGUGCUCUCACACUUUUCUAGGCGAUACUUGGACUGUAACCCAAACCUCAUGCCAUCAGAGGAUGCAGUUCACACUCUCACCUGUGCUCUGAUGCUGUUGAACACUGACCUCCACGGUCAUAAUAUUGGCAAAAGGAUGUCAUGCACACAGUUCAUCGGAAACCUGGAAGGACUGAAUGAGGGGCAAGAUUUUCCAAAAGAUCUGCUCAAAGCUCUGUACAACUCAAUCAAGAAUCAGAAGCUGCAGUGGACUAUUGACGAGGAAGAGCUACGCAAGUCCUUCUCAGAGCUCGGAGACAGUCUGUGUGACUCCAACACCUCCAGAACCAUGAAGAGGGUGGGCAGCAGUGGGAAGUCCCUGGCAGAUGAGCCCACAGGAAUGUUACUGUACAAGAACGGAUUCCUCGUUCGCAAGGUCCACGCUGACACCGAUGGCAAGAGAACACCAAGAGGUAAAAGAGGAUGGAAAACCUUCUACGCCAUCCUCAAAGGGCUAAUCCUCUAUCUGCAGAAAGGUGAGUACAGGCCUGAUAAGCAGCUGACUGAUGAGGAUCUAAAGAACGCUGUGUCCAUUCACCACUCUCUGGCCAUGAAAGCGUCGGACUACAGCAAGAGGCCUAAUGUGUUCUACCUACACACCGCUGACUGGAGGGUGUAUCUCUUUCAGGCACCGAAUGCGGAGCAAAUGCAGUCUUGGAUCACACGGAUCAACACAGUGGCCGCCAUGUUCUCCUCCCCACCUUUCCCUGCAGCUAUCGGCUCACAGAAGAAGUUCAGCCGACCGCUGCUGCCAGGAACAAUGUCCAAGCUGUCUGAGGAGGAGCAGAUCAGAUCCCAUGAAGCUCGGUUCAGAGCCAUCUCUACUGAGCUGGCUGAACUGCGUUCUUAUCCUCCUGAUCGCAAAGUGAAAGGGCGCGAGCUGGAGGAGUACCGCCAGCGAGACGAGUAUUUGGAGUUUGAGAAAACACGAUAUGGAACAUAUGUGAUGCUACUUAGAGCUAAAAUCCGGAGUGGCGAAGAGGACCUGUCUGUGUUUGAGUCUCAGCUCCUGGAGGACAACGGACUGCAGAGGGCGCACUCCAGCCCCACACUGCAGGACAGCAGCCAGGCAAGCCAGGCCAGCAGCACCAAGGACGGGGCCAACAGCAGCAAAGCCAGCGGCUGCAGCGGCGGCAGCAAAGUCCGACAGGAAGGCCAGAGACACAGCUACCGACAGGCCGUCAAGAAGUGAGACAGUGUGGGGGCGCCGGGAGCAGCACGGCGUUGCUCUGCCAAUGGCAGGCUGUCUCCCCGCAUAGGUUUUAUUUGAGAUCCAGGAGGGUUUGUAGCUCUGCUUGAGAGGGGAGCUGGAGCAAGGAUCGCCCCUAAGCCCUCUUCAGACCAUGACGCCCUAACCCGGCACCCCAAUCUUCUCAUCCAACUGAGGAGGUGCGGAUCCUGUGACUGACAGACUGGCUGGGAGAGAAGCAGUGAGCGUUAGUGCAGGAGGUGGGAGGUAGCGCAGAUCAGGAGAGACGAGGUGUCUUUGAGAACGUACCCUGGCUGUGUAGCAGACUGUUCUGUGCACUGAGACGUAGAGGGUGCAAACAGAUUGAGCAGGACUCCACCACGACCUACAUCCUGCAUCCAGCAUCAUUUUUACCCUUUGGUUCAUGCAAGGCACCUCUCCCAUUUCUCCUGCCUUUGUUCUCCACUUUUGGGACCAAAAGUGUUUACAUAUUCUGAAACAUCUCUGCUGAGACGUCAGCACCAUUUUCAUUCGUGACUUCUGUGAGAAGUUUCCAGUUCUUUUGAACCCACUACAUUCCAGCUCCUGUUUUGCCACAUGCCCACGGUGGGUUCACAUUCCAUUCAGUAGUUGGACAAUGCAGUUUUUAUCUUCAGUGUGUGUGUUCCACUGAAAGAAGCAUCAAAUAAGGUGGUACACAACACCUCAUGAAGAUGGGCUACAGCUGUGAUGUUGUACUGUAGAUGUAGAUGAGAACAUGAUGAGGUCGCUGCAGCUCAUCUCUCCGUAUUACCCGUGUCUUUUCUCUAGACACUGAUGUCUGGUUGGAAGCCACAGCUCAGUAGAAGUCUGCAGUACUUCUGAUAUGCAGCUACAUAUAAAUAAGAGGUUGUUUUAUUCCCUUUAUUUCCACAGAUGAUCUCUUUUAGAGUUCCUGCUUCUGUCCUGUGACGUGUUGGGUUUUUUUUUUUUUGUUUGUUUGUUUGUUUAUUUUUUUCCUUGAUUGUUGGUUUUCCUGCUGUGAUCUGCAUGCUUGCAUCCAGCACAGCUUCUUUCAGGCCUUUUUACUACAAACCCAGACAAAGCUGGACCGUUGCUGUCCAGAGACAUGUACAGUGGGGAUUAAAACUUUACCUACCUCUGUAAGAUGACAGAAAUCAGGUUUAGAACAUUGACACAAAGGUAUGUGCAUUUGUACAUUUCAGUAAAAAAACAAAAUGAAAUCUAUGAACAGAAAACACUUGUUUGGAAUUAUACACAUGCCUAAUCUAAUUACUUUGAAACAGAUUUUUGGUCAGAGUUUCCCAAAAAAGCACAUCUUCAUUUUUUGACAAUUAUUUUCACAUAAGCUUCCAAAUCCCUCAAAUUUCGCAGACAUCAUUGAAGUCUUUCCCAGGUGACGUUGCAGAUUUUUGUCUUAAUUUAAAGUCUAAUUUCUGACUAAAAUGUAAUUUUUCUCUUCAUCUUUAGCACCUUAGCAGACAACUUAGGGAAUUUAUAUAUAAAAAAAACCGGUCCGUGAUCAAAGCCUCUUGUCCCUGGUGGACAGAAACAGCCCUAGAGCAUGAUGGUGCCACUGCCAUGCUUUUGUUAUUGCAGUGCUUCUUCAUGCAGAUUUUUGCAACAUUGUCCUAAUGCCAAAUGCCCCUUUGUUUAUUAUUGCCAAGUUCAACUUGGUGUAAUCAGACAGUUUUACUGAAAUGUGUCUGACAGAACUGAUGUCACUGAUGAUUUUGAAAGGUUACGCUGCUCUAUUAUUAAAUAUUUUAAUAAAAAUGAAUAUUUAGAAUGUUUUUUUGAAACCCAGCCCAUAGUCCAGACUCUAUUUUUAUUACUGAUUUAAAUUUGUUUUUGCAUUGAAAUGUACAUUGUACAGCUCUCUGAAGGAAAAGUAUUAAUAUAAUGGCAUUAUUUUAUACAUAAAAAUCAUCUAUUCUAAAGGGGUAUGUAAAGUUUCUUUCCACUGCAGAUUCCUUUUUGUCAUGCUGAUGCCAACAUAUGUAAAAUUGUUUUCACCGCCUGUCAUUCAGAGCCCUUCUUUGAACACUCACCAGGCAGAUCCUGAAUGUUCAUGUUUUUCAGUGUUUUUACAGUAUUUUACAGUCGUUCGUUGAUGUCCGAACAUACUUCUCCUGUGUAUGUCAAAUGUAUGAUGUAAUAUAUUGAUAAUGACAAUGUAAGAAGACAUACAGUAUGUAAUCUAAGCUCCUUGUCGAAAACCUCAGAAUAUGUUGUAGAUAACGCAUAAUGUCUGCUUUAUGCUUAUAUUGUAGGAUAUUUUUCCACACACUAUUGCAUUACAAACACAUACCCAGUAGAAAUCCUUAGAAAUCCUGUGUCCAAGGCGCUACAUGAUACUCAUGUGUGGUUUUCUUAUGUUUUGUUUUAAUUUACUUGUAUGUGGUAGAAACACAGUAAUUCAGCACAAUGUGAGUAUUAUAGUGAGGCCUAUAUGUUGAUGAAAGAUUGGUUAGAGAUGAAUUUAUGGACAUGGUUAUAAUUUUUCUUUCUUGCUGGAACAUAAAACCCCGAUUGACAUCAAACUGGUUGACAAUGAAGAAAGGAAGAACAAGGACUGUGAGAAUUAGGUAAUCUGCUCCAAAUAACUGAAUCCUUAUGUGCUCAAUUUUAUUUUUUGUAGCCAUAAUAUUCACCUGUUGUUGCAUUGCAUUGAUCUAUAGCCAUUUUCUACUCAGGCUUUAAAGAUGACGCCUUGAGCAGCUGCAGUGCCAGGGUCCCACCAGCAGGGAGAGCUCUCGACAUUCAGUUACGUUCUUUCAGCCAUAAUCAAAACCUGCUGCACCUGCAGUAAAUAUGCAUCAUGGCAUCACCCCCUCACCUAAGGAUGAAGGUGGGUGUAGGAGGGCUAAAUCAGACAGGACUUGUUUGUAUAAAUAUGGAUGUCAACAGUAUGUGUGUUGUGUAUGAGUGGAUUUAUAGUUGGAUGAAAGUGAGUUUGUAAAAUAAAAAAUAACAAAAAGACUUAAAUACCAGAGGAAAGUGACAGUAUAUACAAGCCUAGGGCGCUCCCCAGAUAUGAUCCAUGUGUUACAAAUGGUCACACCUUUUGCAAGUGUUUUAAUGAUUAUACUGUUAUUUUUGGUCACCAGUUACUGUUGGUAGGUAGAAAAUAACUAAAUUAAAGAAGUAUAAUUGGAGUUUUGUCUUCCUCAAAAUAUUGGUUCUAAUUUAUGUUGCAUAGUACUUUAUAUAAUAUCUUGAGGAAACCAAAACAAAUAACGGCCAUUAAUAGUGUUCUGUGAAGAAAAUUCCUUAAUUUUAAAAUAUUUGUAACCACUUUUUAUUCCCCAGAUCCAGCUUCUCAUUUAUGUUAUUGACUUAAAGGCCUCUCUUAUACAGUACGUCAAGAGGAGCAGGGUGACAACAAAUAUUAUUUGUUAUUAAUUCUAUAAAUUAUUAAUACAUAAUAUUUGUUUAUUAUUGUUAUUGCUUAUUUAUUGUUUGCUCCUCUUGACGUACUGUAGAAGAGAAGUAUUAAUCAAUAGAGCCAAAAUAUCAGUGUCCCAAAGUCCACGGUGCUUUUUUCCGGUGUGGUCUAGUCAUCAGUGAGAUACAUGCAUUGUUACUGUAAAGACUAACCUCUGUCCAGCUUCACCUUCACGUUCAGUAUCAUAGUUCCUGAUUCUAUCUGUGCAGCACAUUAUAGGGUCCAUAUAUCAUCAUAUUAGCUACUAAAUAACAAGGCAAAAAAGAAAAUGAUCAUUCUUCAGAAGCUUUGGUUCUUUUCCCUCUGUGGGGCAUCUGGUAAUGGUGUGUUUUAUUUCUGUGGAGACGGCCGUCGUGUCUAACUGUCCAAUUCUAAUAUCUGGGAACUAAAUCCUGCAGCCUAUUCUAUUCAUUGUUUUUUUGUUUUUGUUUUUGUUUUGUUUUUUUUUUGAGACAAAAAAAUUUAAGGCACAUGGAUUAAUGCUUAAAAAAGUAUGUUGUCUGUAACGUACCUGCAGGGAGUGCUGUAGAUGCAUUUCAAAUGCCCUGGUCUAGUGAACUGUGUUUGUUAAGCAUUAUUAGAUUAGAUUUAUUUAAAUCUUAAACCCAUUACUGUCUCAGUUUUGAUACAUAAGCACAACAUUUAAAAUGAUAUACCUUCAUUGUCCAAAGGUAUAUAUUUUAAGCAACCAUUAGUUUCCUCUCAUAAGCUGACCUCAACCCUGUGGCCACAUGCUAAUUUCUGUUUGGUUAUUAAUGGCAGUUAGCAUCUUUUGAGCUGCACUGCUGCCAUGUUUAUUUUAUUCUAGCAAAAAUACCUAUCCAAAGUGGCUGGUUUAGGCUGUUUUUUUGUUUGUUUUUUUCAAAAUCCCCUGUAUACUCUUUAUGUGCAUUAUCCUGGUGUAAAGGGAAGGCAAAUCAUCAGUGCUCCACCUUGGCCAAGUGUCUGAUGACUCCUCCACUCUCCUCACUCUUGUCUGUUUAGUCACCACUCAUUUACAUCAGUGAGCAGCUGCCUGAUAUCCAUGGCACUGGUUAAUGUUGAAACGGCUGGUUCCCCUGGUUACGGCUGUGUGAUGCUGGAGUGAAUGUCACCCCUGUUGCACUGUGUCCUGAGCAGCAGAUGAGUUAGAGGGGCAGUACAUGUCUGGUGCAAUCAGGACAAACUGUCCUUUACUGUGAGUCUCCAUAAUCAGCCUAGUUUCUGAAUGUGAGAUGUAAAUAAAGCAUGAGAUAUUAUGGCCUGCUUUCAUUUAUACUAUGGUCUGAUUAUUAAGGCAGGUUAUUAUAGCGCAGAAGAUAGGGCAACUUUUUCCUCAUUGAUCUUGAGCUUGUUGUUCUUAAUUUUACCAGUAUGAGGGAAGGAAAUAGCUGUAUUUAAUGCUGUUGUAUGCUGUUGUGGGUUUUUUCCGAGAAUCAAGUCAUCGCAUAAAAAUCCUUUUACAUGUUAAUGUCUGAUUGGAUCCUACACGUGUUUUUAGACAUUGAUGAAUACUAUACACUACAUACUGUACAUUAGUCUAUUUGUUUGUGUCACUGCCUUGUUAAAAAUCACUAAGGAAAUGUUGUUUAUGCGCUUCUAUUUUUGGAGGCAUAGAAAAUAUCUAAUAAAAGUGUUAUGAAAGGUU